CCUUUCUCUGACCAACAUUACUCGAUUAGAUAGAGAUCCCAUCCCUACUAUUCAAUUACCCUGUCUUGUCCUUACUUCACAUUCUUGACGAUAGAAACAAUAACGUACCUAAAACAGUCUGCUUUUUUGUGCGUUGGUCUUCUCUCGAUUUUCCGGAAUUCUCUCCCCUUCCCUCAAUUAAACGAGAACAACCCCCAUAUCCUUUUUUCUCUUCCUACUUGCGUUUUUAAACACAUACGUACUGUAAUUAUAUUGAUACUCUUGUGGUUGUUUCUUCGAUACUACGACCACACUCGAAUCUCGGCUUUCGUCAUUUCAGACUAGUCGUUCUAGACCUUGUUAUAAGAGACUCAUCUGAGUUUGCGCCUAGCCCAUCUUCGACGAUACCUUCAAUUCUACCUGUCCUUCUCUCGUCCUCUCCUAUAACCCCCGACUCGAACCACCAUCGCCCUCCCCACAUCCUCUACCGCGCACCCCUACAAUCGCCCGAGCGACAGCCCCCCUCCCGCGCAUUAGGUCACCGCACGAAGAGAAAAGUAAAUUACUUAUUUUGCGAGCCGUCGUUUUGGAAAUAGUCAAAAAUGACACUGUUACGCGAGAGGUUUACUCGCUUGAACGAGAGGGUCAGUCCUGGUCGUAGAAGAAGCCCCUCCCGGCGACUUCGCUCAAGAAGAAAUCAGCUUUCCCCGUCCCCUCCACCGACGCAGUCUUAUCUAUCGUACCAUGAUAUUCUUCUCACAUGGGAAGAUAUCAAAGCCUUAAAGAAUGACUGGUUAACGGAUAACAAUAUUGCGUUCUGGGAAGAGUUCCUUGAACGGGAAAUACUUCCCAAGUAUCCCCAGGCGCAUAUUGUUCUACUAAAGCCGUCGUUAACAUUCUUAUUAAUGAGGAACAGCAACACUGAGAUGGUUCGGACCGCGUUGCCCGACUUCCGAAGGAUAACGCACAUCUUUCUUCCUAUUAAUGAUAACCACAAUGUUAACCAAGCUGAAGGCGGAAGUCAUUGGUCGCUACUACUCGUCAGUAUUAUUGAUGGGGUAGCCUUUCAUUAUGACUCCAUGAGCAAUGCCAACGAUAAAGAAGCCUUCCUAGCAACCCAGAGGCUGAGUUCAUUGUUAGGGAAGAGCCUACGAUACCAUGUUCUCCCCGACAGCCCCCAGCAGGAAAAUGGAAGCGACUGCGGGGUUUUCGUAUGCAUCAUUAUGCGCCAUCUGCUCAUCAAACGCCUAUUAUCGGCGAAUGCGGGAGAAAAAAUAUCAAUGAGCAUGGCUCAUAAGGCCAUCGACAGUGCUGGGGCGCGAAAGGAGAUGUUGAAGAUCAUCGAAAAUCUCCGCCAAGAGGGAGAACGGCGACGGCUUACUCCCAGCAAUACGCCACCCCGGAUCGAAUAGAUUACGGGGCGUGCUUCUCCUGUCGUCCCCACCCUACGCACCUGGGUCACCGAAGAAUUUGGCCUACGGGCAUCAUUACGUUUGCAUAUUACGGAUUUGGUGGAGUUUGGAACUAGCGUUUUGUUUUUGCCUUUUGUCUUUUGUUUUACGCAUUUAUGAGUCGAUGGAUUGCAUUUUGACGAGACGACGUGCGAUAUCACCGCCAAGUACGGAUUGUAUCCUAUAGCGAAUUUAGAAGUUCAUGACUCUAGCGCGGCAUUCAGCAAAAUUUGUAUCUAGUACGCUUGAUUGGAGACGUAGGUUAUCGUUGGCCUUUACUUUGGUGUCGCUCCUCUAUGACUUCCGUCUCUGCAGCGACAAAUAUGAAAUAUGAAAAAAGUUACAUCUGCAAAGUUAUUUCGAAACAAUCGAGUUGACACCCCUUGAUAUAA